UGCCACCUAUCAAUGCCAAUCAGUGCUGCCAAUCAGUGCCAGUCAGUGCCGCCUAUCAGUGCCAUCAGUGCCACCUAUCAGUGCCAGUUAGUGCCGCCUAUCAGUGCCAGUCAGUGCCACCUAACAGUACCAGUUAAUGCUGCCUAUCAGUGCCGCCUAUCAGUGGCAUGUAUCAGUGCUGCCUUUCAGUGCCCAUCAGUGAUGCCUGUCAAUGCCCAUCAGUGCCACCUAUCAGUGCCCAUCAGUGCC